AUGUCGUCGCCGAGCGCCGGCAAAAGAAGGAUGGACACCGAUGUUAUUAAACUCAUCGAAAGUAACCAUGAAGUUACCAUCACCGGUGGUCUUAACGAAUUUGCCGUCAAGUUUUAUGGUCCAAAAGGAACUGCAUACGAGGGGGGAGUAUGGAGAGUACGAGUGGAUCUGCCGGAUAAAUAUCCCUUCAAGUCUCCUUCAAUUGGGUUUAUCAACAGGAUCUUUCACCCGAACAUUGAUGAGGCAUCAGGAACUGUUUGCUUAGAUGUAAUCAAUCAAGCUUGGUCUGCUUUAUAUGAUCUCGCGAAUAUCUUUGAAUCUUUCUUACCACAGCUCUUAACAUACCCGAACCCAACAGAUCCAUUAAAUGGCGAUGCUGCAGCUUUAUACCUUCACAAGCCUGAAGAAUUCAAGAGAAAGUGCAGGGGUGAGUGUGCGAGUUUUCUUUUUUAG